AUUUUAUUGGGAUUUCGCUGCGAGACGAUAUCCAGUUUGUGUUCGUGACAGCCUUUCCACCCUUCACUACCACCACCACCACCACCACCACCACCACCACCACCAGAAGCAGCGCCAGUUCCCCCACCAGGCAACUUGCAACAAUGGUCAAGCCGUGGAAGUGUUACGUCUGCUUCACCAUCUUCAGUACGGAUGAGAACCACCGGCCAAGGAUUUUACCCUGCGGCCACUCGUUUUGUUCCUCCUGCAUCACCAGCCUACUGCAGCAAGGCACCGUGGGAUGCAUUUCCUGCCUCAUAUGUCACGCCCAGCAUGCCGCCCCUAAUGCUGCACACUUCCCCAUCAAUUACGAUGCAGAGAGUCUGAUGAUUCAGCUGAUGAGCUCUACAGAGCAGCAGAAGGGCUUGGAGACGGCAGAGGACCAGGAGGAGGAAGAGGAGGCUGAUUUGGCAUUUAAGUCAGAGUGCAAGUUUUUGAUGGAGGAGCUGCACGCCUUAGUGUCAGAGAUGCACACUUUGAUGAAGCAGUUUUCCACCUUGCAGAAUGAGUCACAGGGACUGCAGGCAAUGCACAUGUCUCUGAAGAUCAAACUGUCUGAGAUGAUGGUGGAGAACAUGGAGGCCAAGGCCAAGAUGAUAGAGGCCCAUGGCAAGUACCAAGAGCUGCUGGAUGAGGGGCGGGGCAGUGAAUCUCGCUUGCUGGCCAUGAUGGAACAGUUGAAGAGCAUUGUGUCGGAGACGGAAAAGAGAGACCUCAUGAACCGCAUACGAUCCCACAUGCAGGAGAUGGAGAGGUGGAUUGAGAGGAGCCAGGAGAUGAUUGCAAGCAAUAAGACGGAUGCCUCUUCUGAUAUGGGUGGUGCUGGCAGUGGUGAUGGUGCAGGUGGUCAAGAGCCCUCCAGUAAGGUGGCAGCAGCUGUCAGCGGCACAACCUGGGGGAGUUUGUAAAAGGUGGAGACUACAACAACAGUGAUGGCACCAGCAGAACCCCCUCCCUCCCUCCUGGCAGGCCUUCCAGAGGGCUACAGGCAGACCGGGGCUGUCAUCACCAUCAGGGAUCAUCACCUACAAGGGCAUCAUUCUCCAAGUGCUUGGUAGAAAUUGUAAAAUCAUGCCUUUUAAACCCUUUCUUUCCUGUGGAUGCUUGUGAAGACCUCAAACAUUGUAGUGGUGUUAAUUCUUGCAUGUCACAAUGAAACGGUUGAUACUUUUUCAAUGCUGUCAAAAUUGUUUGGUUUUUGUUCAAUUUUCUGUUUCUUUCAUCCAUUUCUCACACCAGAUUUAGUUUUCCCAAUGGUAUCUCAAAUCAAAUAUAUAAUCUUUUAAUUUUUAAUAGGUAUUUUUGUAUGUAAAGUGAUACCAUUGUAUACUUCAUACUUAAGAUUAGUGGUGUGUAGAAUGUCGGUCCGUGUUGUAUUUACAACUUGCACGGUUGUUUAUGAAGAUUUAUUCAAGUAGUGGCCACGAGGUAGUGUAUUAUUCACUGUUAAAAUUUCUACAUUUCAGUAAAAUUAAAUACAAUAAUAA